AUGCCAUUAAUUUCAUGGUCCAAAGAUACCCUUCAUUCUCAUCAAAUGUCAUUACUCAUACAAAGAUCAGUUAAAAUGAUUGAAUCACUAUGGUUACCAUACACAACAACAACCAAAAUCAUAUCAACAUCAAGUUACAUCCAUGAGUUACUAAAACGAUCCAAGACAACGUGCUCUGUAUUUCAACUUGCUUUAUAUUAUCUAUUUCAUAACAGAAAAAGGAUACAACAAGCAGUCAAGACGACAAUGAACCCAUAUAUUAAAUGUGGCAGGCGAAUGUUUUUAGCUUCACUCAUGAUUGCAUCAAAAUACCUCAACGAUAAAACAUUCAAGAAUAAAGUAUGGGCAGAAAUCACGUUGUUGAAAGUACAAGAAAUCAACCAAAUCGAAACUUGCUUCUUAAAGCUGAUCAAUUACGAUAUUUAUGUGAACCCGAUCAUUUUCGAAAAAUGGUCUCAACUGUUAUGCGGUCAGCCCACUGUGCAUUGUUUUCCCAUUAUUGGCAUCAAACGAUCAUCUGUUCAAGAACAUCACCCUACUAAAAAACUUCGACCGGUUCAACUGAACCCUUAA